GCAAAAAUGAGUUUUAUUUCACCCCAACUCUCUCCUCACUGGGGGGGUUGUUUUUACCUGAGACUGGAAUUUCCACAUAUAACCAGUUAGCAACAAAAACCCGGCCUGUAAACAUGUCGUUGCCCAAAAUUUUCCUCAUUGUUUUAUUCAUUGAAAACAGUUUAUGUAAAAACUGCGUUUGUGUCCCUUUCUGGAAAUGCAGCGACGAAAAUUCUUCGACCGAGGAUUACGAUUUGGUAGGGUUCAGAAGCGGUUGCAAGAGCUAUUUUGACGUCUGUUGCAAGAUAAAAUGCGGCAUGCGAAGAACCGAAAGUGUAAUUUCCGAGGGAACGAUAAGAAACCGCAUUUUGGGCCUUGAAAACCCCGCAAAUUUUGCAGAGUUUCCCUGGAUGUUGGGCGUUCUUAACGGCAAAACUUAUCGCUGUGGCGCCUCUUUAAUUCACCCCAAAGUGGCUCUAACUGCCGCCCAUUGUGUUCAACGGGAUGGUUUUUAUAAAAUACGAGCUGGUGAGUGGGACUGGAACAGUCGGAAAGAGCCCUUAAAACAUCAAGACCGUUUAGCCAAAAAGAUUAUAAUUCACCCCCGAUACGACCCUUAUUCGCUCAUCAACGAUAUCGCGUUGAUAAUUCUCGACCGAGAUUUCCAAUUAACCGAAAAUGUGGGUAUUGUGUGUUUGCCUCCCCACAAUUCACAACCGUUACAGGAGGAAUGUGUCGUUAGUGGUUGGGGGAAGACAUCGCAUAAAAGUGACAAACAUCAGACGGUUUUGAAUAAAGCCGUGUUUCCAAUUGUGCCGAAUAGUAGGUGUGAAACAGCCUUACGGAGGGCGCAUUUGGGGCCCUUGUUUCGCUUGCAUUCGAGCUUCAUGUGCGCCGGGGGAAAGGAGAAAGACACGUGUAAGGGGGAUGGGGGAAGUCCCCUUGUGUGUGGAAUACAAGGGGAGGAGGAGAGAUACGAGCAGUUUGGCAUUGUUGCCUGGGGGCUGGUUUGUGGUACCACGGACAGUCCUGGAGUAUAUGUCAGUGUGGCCCAAUUCGUUGAUUGGAUUGAUCAACAAGUUGUGAAUGAGAAUUUGGAUAAUCAAAUUUAUAAAUAUUGAAGAGUGAAGACAAUUAUUCAAUCGUACUAUUUUUAAUGUGUAAUUUAUCAUGUAAAUAAGUAAGUAACAUGGUAUGAGUGUUCAUAAUUAUAUCUUUGUGACCGUAUGGAGUUAGCAAUAAAUAUC